AUGGGACCAGGUAUGUUCCAAAUCGAUACAGAAGUAUUGCAAGUAAAACAACAGGUUCGGCAACCUGAUGCUGUGUUUUUAAAAAAUCUUGUAACAAAUAUGGUGGAGUUUGCUGAUGAGGCUUAUCAGCCUCUUUGUGUAUUAGUUGAGGAUAUUGAAAGUCCUGGAGACUUUGACAAGAAAAAGGUAAAUGGUUACAAUUAUCAAGUAAUUGGAGGCCAGCAUUGUCUUUUGGCUACAAAGGAAAUUGCAAAGACAAUGAAGUACAUAAGUGAUGACAGGUUUAAGACCCGUAACUGUGUGGUGUAUGCUGGGUUGAAUAGUGAGCAGCAGCGGUGGUUGGCUGUUAAGCACAACUCAACUGGUGAAUAUAGGCAUGCCAUCACAUUGAAGGACAAGGUUGAAGUUUGCAGAAGAUAUCGAGAUGAAAUCCCAGAUAAAGAUAAAUUAAAGUGGAAGGCCUCAUGUGGUCUUAUCCUCACUCAGAAAAAAGGAAACCAGCUGCUUGAGGUGGUUUGUUUUUUGGCUUCACUUGAUGACUCAACAUACAAGAUUCUAGAAGAAAUCUUCCAAAUGCAUGAAGAGGGAGCACUGAAAAAACAGAAACUGAAGGAGAGUAGUAUCUCCAAACCGGAUAUACCACCAUAUGUGUUUCGCACACUACGAUCAUUGGAUAGUGAAACAGUCAAAUCUUUGUUGACUGAUGUGAGAGACAGAAAUACUACAAUAUCCGAAUUUUACAAAGAGUCACAGGCACUUUACAAAAUAUCUUUGGUGCAAAAGUCAUUCAUCCAAUUAAUGGAUUUGAGCUCCUGGGAUGAAGUGGUCGAAAAGUACCCAUCGGAGACAACAAGAGAAAAUUUAGUGAGAUUUUCUUCCCUUUCAUUUCGCCCAACAAUACCAGAUGUCUUUGUUAAUUAUUGUCAAAGGCUGAGAAUUGAAAAUUCACCAGUAAACCAGGGCGAAACAAAUGCAGUUUUUCAUGGGAAGAACAAGACUAGAUCAUUUGUCGUAGAAGGAAGUUCCAUGGAAUUAGACCCAGAACAAUUGAAAAAAAUUACUGGUCAUCUCACUGGUGUGGAUCUUGUGAUUUUAGACACCCCACAGGAUUGGCGAGGUAAAGAAAUAAAAUCAUUCUUUGUGACAGUGAAAAAUGUGAAUGUGACAGCCCGUGUGUCAAAUUAUACCAUGAUUGUUAUCUGCGAAGUUGAUACUAUACAUGUGGUGAAAGAACAGCUAAAAUCUGCUGGCUAUGCCAAAAUUGAUGUAGCCUACACCUACAUAGAAGAUGCAUCGUCAGAUACUGCUACAUUAACAAAUGCCAUCCAACCUGUGGUUAUAGGGUAUUGGGCCAGUGAUGGCAAAGUAAAAAGAAACGUAUUAAACAUAAAAGAAGAUUCACCUAUCAGCAGACACAAUUUCUGGAGAACUCAAAAACCAGUUCUUGACAAGGAUGGAGAUGGUGUCAUAGUUAAUAGUCAACAAAAACAUGUACAGUUUUUCAAGACCCUAUUAGACAAAUUUUCAUACCCAAAUCAGUGGGUUCUUGACGCAUGUUGUGGCACUGGUACAGCCAUUGUUGCUGCCAUGGCUUGUGGCAGAAACUGCAUUGGAUUCGAUACCGACAGAAGACAAGUUGAGCACUCAAUUGUCAACCAGCCCCAUUUGUCGACAAUUGUCAGCUAUCUACGUCAAAGCCGAGUUCUCAACAAUUGUCGACUAUAUCCAAGCAGACAAUUGUCAGCUAUCUACGUCAAAGCCGAGUUCUCGACAAUUGUCGACUAUAUCCAAGCAGAUUUCUCGACAAUUGUCGACUAUAUCCAAGCCGAGUUCUCGACAAUUGUGGACUAUAUCCAAGCAGAGUUCUCGACAAUUGUCGACUACGUCAAAGCAGAGUUCUCGACAAUUGUGGACUAUAUCCAAGCAGAGUUCUCGACAAUUGUCGACUACAUCAAAGCCGAGUUCUCGACAAUUGUCGACUACGUCAAAGCCAAGUUCUCGACAAUUGUCGACUAUGUCCAAGCAGAUUUAUCGACAAUUGUCGACUAUAUCCAAGCAGAGUUCUCGACAAUUGUCGACUACGUCAAAGCCGAGUUCUUGACAAUUGUCGACUAUGUCCAAGCAGAGUUCUCGACAAUUGUCGACUAUGUCCAAGCAGAGUUCUCGACAAUUUUCGACUACGUCAAAGCCGAGUUCUCGACAAUUGUCGACUACAUCAAAGCCGAGUUCUCGACAAUUGUCGACUAUAUCCAAGCAGAGUUCUCGACAAUUGUCAACAUUUUGUGGGCAUUCUCAUUUGGUGGAGACUAA